ACCAGCAGAUCUUACACCUAAACAUCAGACAGCAGAAGAACUACAAAGAGCUGAUAACAGUCACCAACAGAUCUGAAGAAAUCUAGUUGACUUAAAGCAGUCAAACGCUCCUAAGAUGAAGACCUUCUGUGUUGCAGUUGCAGUGGCUGUCGUGCUCACCUUUAUCUGUAUUCAGGAGAGUGCUGCUGUCCCUGGACCUGAAGUGCAGGAGCUUGACGAGCCGAUGAGUAAUGAAAGUCCAGUAACUGAACAUGAGGAGACAUCAGAAGACUCAUGGAAGAUGCCAUACAAUAUCAGAGAGAAGCGUGGCAUUAGAUGUAAACUUUGCUGCAACUGCUGUACCCGCGGUGUCUGCGGAUUGUGCUGCAAAAAGAGAUUUGGAUGAUUCCUGCUCAAACAAGCACUGAAUAGUCAUUUGAUCAGAACUUUUCUUAAAUAAAUUGUCUUAAUUGCUUGCAAAACUUUGAUGAUGACUGGAUUUGGUCAUGCUGUUAAUCAAAGAUGCGUGUGAUGUGAUCAUCCAUGUAUUUUGACAAAUGUCUGUAUAAACUAAAGUGUAUGAACAAUAAAUGUUACUGUCACGAAAAUACUA